AUGGGUGGAGGAGACCCAGAUGUUGUACUACGUAGCGUUAUUCAGCAGGUGAUGUCAAAGAUGGCUAGCAGUCCGGGAGGGAAAAAUUGCACGAUUGAGCAGUUCACAUGGAUGAGACCUUCAUCAUUUUCUAGAGAAGCUAACCCACUUGUGGCUGAAAACUGGGUCCAGGACAUAGAGGAGAUGAUGGCAGUUAUUCCAUCAAGAUUAUUGGAGAAGCAGAGAAUGAACUCUAUGGCGGUGACAUGGAGCGGCUUUAGGGAAAUUUUCUCUAAGAGAUAUUAUCCUAUUACUGUUAGGAGUGCGAAGGUGGUAAAGUUUUUGCAUCUGAUGCAGGGAUCAUUGAUAGUGCAACAGUAUGAGGUGAAAUUUAUUGAGCUGUCUCGGUUUGCUUCGUAUUUGGGACCAGAUGAGGAGAGGAAAGUGAGGAAGUUUAAGGAGGGUCUGACGCAUAUUCUAUUUGAGCAGGUUAUAAGCUUUCAAGUUUAG